AUGGAUUUAAAAGACCAUAGCCAGCGGGCAGCGGCGGGCGGAACGACCGAGGGGCGGCGCGGGCUGGGCGGCGGGUGCUGGGCCGUGGUGCGGGCUGCGCGGGGCGUCGGUUCCGCGGAAGCCUGGGUAGGGCGCUGCGUGCGGGACUCUCGUCGCUCGUGGACGGGGUGCGAGCGCGCGGCGGACGUAGGGCGCCGACCUGGGGCUCCCCGGCGCUCCGGCUCCGCUCAGGGCGCCCGCUCAGGGGCCUCCGGCGCGAGGCCCCCUUCCUGGUCAAGAUGGCGGCGCCCAGGCGGACCGCGCCGAGAUGAGCUGGAGCUGGGCCCGGAGAGGGACGAGUCUGCCACGCCCAGGACUUGGACCCCGGGCUGGUCUCCAGUCUCCCGGGGAGCGGCGGGUGGGGAAAAUGUACCAGCGUGUAUGCCUACUGGGACCACGUUUUCCAGAACAGUUAAGCCCAGUGUCAACUAUGCUGUCCCACCUUCCUCGAGAAUCUUGGUACCAGGACCACACAAUGAAGAACUUGGAGCCCCCGUGGCUAAUCCAGCAGAGAGAAAAGGAGGAACAGAGAUGCGAGAGAAAAUAACGGGAACUCUUGGUGCAAUUUGGUGCUGCUGUAGGCCCAAGUCCAGGAACGGGACAAAUAUCCACAAAUUUCAUUAUGAACCGGUGAGCACACUAACUGAUUUUUCAAAAAUCACUGGAUUUAUUGAAAGACAUGUGAAUAGGAGCUGGGUUCCAAGAAAUCUCUGCAGGUUUCUUCAACUUCUCUCGUCUCUGAGCUUCUGCAACCAACACGUCUGCUUGAACCCAUCAGCUGUGAAACACAGACAAGAACUACGGAGGAGGGACUUUCCUGGUGGCACAGUGGUUAAGAAUCCGCCAGCCAAUGCAGGGUACACGGGUUUGAGCCCUGGUCCGGAAAGAUCCCACAUGCCGUGGAGCAACUAAGCCCGUGUGCCACAACUACUGAGCCUGCAUUCUAGAGCCCGUGAGCGACAGCUACUGAGCCCUCAUGCUUCAACUACUGAAGCCCGUGUGCCUAGAGUCUGUGCUCCACAACAAGAGAAGCCACUGCAAUGAGAAGCCCGCUCAUCACAAUGAAGAGCAGCCCCCACUCGCCGCAUCUAGAGAAAGCCUGCACACAGCAACAAAGACUGGACACGGCCAAAAAUUUUUAAAAAUUAAUUAAAAAAAUGAUUCUGGUUCAAAAGAAAAAUGCAUAUACAAAGCUUAAAAAGAAAAUGACGAAGGAGCUGUUUUCCAAACCUCAUGCACAGAGAAGAGAAUCUGUAUGAAGCAAGGGAUGGAUGGGAGGUGUCUUGCUUACAUCUCUAUUCAAGGAAGACUUCUGCAGGAAGGAUAGCUGGUUGACAGCCUCCAGCUUCCCCAAGAUUGGCCAAUGUGUUCUUGCCAGACUGCUUCCCCAGUGACUAAGCACUAUGACGUACUAGAAUCACUAUAUUCCUGCCCACCCCUAGAUUCCUAGAAUCCCUGUAAUGGUAGACUUUGCUUAGGGAGUCUGAUUACCUAGUCAGUUAGCUAGCAUCCUCUCUCUCUCUUUCAGAUAUAUAUAUAAUCGCUAUUGGGAUCAUGGGUAAAUUUUUGUUUCUUUCACCCUGCUUUGCUUAUGUGUAUAUUAUUUUUUUUUCUGCAAAUACAUGUGCUACUUCAAGGACUUAUAAUAUUGUUGGAAAUCAUCAAGAAUAACACAUUUUGUGAUCUGUUUGAAAGGAAUAAAUGAUUUCACCCACCUA